AUCCCACUGGACCGGGAAAGCGUCGCUCAUGUGACCCUUAUCAUCCUAGCCACUGAUUCAUCUUUACCUCCCGUGAAUACUGCAACCACUACUGUUUCAAUUGAUGUACUCGACGAGAACGACAACGCGCCCAUUUUUACAAUGCCAUCAACAUUAGGUAGGGACGCCGUCGGCGCUGCCGAGGACCUUAGUGGGCCGACCAACUUUACAGUGACCGAGAAUCAAUUGCCAUAUACUCGACUGAAGACCCAAUUGGCCGCCUUCGAUCCAGAUCAGGUAGCUCUUAAGCCCUCGAUUUUUGGCAAAGGUCACCCACACCAAGUGGUUAGACAUUCGGGGGCAAAUAAUACCUGCAAGGCAAAAUAUCGUUGGCAUAUUCUAUGUCACCCUCGGAACAUGUAA